AUCAUCUCCUGAAAAGACUCCAGACGUAUUGGGAGCUGCAUAACCAAACAGUUUAUAAACAAUGUCGAGCAGGGAUCCUUUCCCCUCUCCAAAGUUAGAAAACGAGUUCAGCCUCAGCGGCUUCAGACCGCAACUGAGACAAACAUGCAAGAAACCGACACACCUGGCCCAGACUGAGGAGCCGUGGAGUCGCCUCUACGAUAGAGCAACUUUGGCCAGCACCAGACGGAGUGUUAUGUCCGAUGAACUCCAGGCUCCCAACGACAGCCUCGACUUCAAUCUAAGCUCAGUUUAUGAUCACGACAAGGACCUCUUCUAUAAAAAGAACCAGACUUUAUAUCAGAAGGAGAGCGUGUCUGAGGACCACAGGAAACAUGAAAACGAAAAUCUGCCGAAGAGAGACAUCGUCGUGUGGGUCGACCCACAGAGGCGCUCGGUUCACAGCAUCAAGUGA